AUUUUCAGCCAUUUCUGUCCUCAUCAUUUAACCGACAAUUAAUAAAAUUAUAUAUUCUAGAUUCUCUUUCGAUUUCUAUAUAUACCUAAUACUUAAUUUCACAUAUCAUCUCCAUAAUUCCUUGAAAAGAAUCGUAAUCUUGCUUAGAAUUGCGUUAUUGUUGAAGAAUUAAAACAAUGGAGGCUGAAGAAUCAUACUACACUGUUCUUGGUUUGAAUUGCGAUUCAUCGUUUCAUGAAAUUCGUCGCGCCUAUCGUAAAUUAGCUAUGCAAUGGCAUCCUGAUAAGUGGAGCAACAACCCUGUCAUGCUUGGAGAGGCUAAAAGAAAAUUUCAGAAAAUUCAAGAAGCCUAUUCAGUGUUGUCGGAUCCCAAGAAGAGAACAUUGUAUGAUGCAGGCAUGUAUGAUCCCUUUGAAGAAGUGGAUGAGGGUUUCUGUGAUUUUAUGCAAGAGAUGAUGGCACUUAUGGCACAAGUCAGAGAUGAGGAGAAACCGAAUAGUGUGGAAGAUCUUCAAAACAUGUUUGCAGAGAUGGUACAAGGAUUUCAAACACCUCAAUGGUUUCCAAGUCCUACCGUAGUCAGCAACCAAAGCUGUUCUGGGAUAUUACAGCAACAAACUGAUUCAAUUCGACAUGAUCCUAACACCAACUGCACGUCAAGUUUUGGUGUGUUUGGUAUGAGUAGUUAUUGUAGAUAAGCAUAGGUUAAUAACCAUUGACAUAACCUUGAGAACAUAGGUCCAAACAGAAAUGGAUACUGUCAAGAAAUGUUUCUAGCUUCUGUUUUGCAAAGUGAAAUGCUUGUUUUAGAUUGCAGACCUGUUCUUGUCCUGUUGUACAUCCUUCAUCAAUUAUUGAGAGAUGAAUGGUUUUAUAGGGUGGAAGUCUUCUAAAAUUAUGCUUUGUACACCGGAAGCUGUAAUUUAUAGAAGAAUUUAAGAAUGCGGAAUUUAGGGUCAAGGAAUAUUGUUUUGUAUUACUUUUUAAUUAUCAUUACAUCUUCAUUAUAUACACAAA